GGAAAACAAAACAUCGGUCUCCGUAGGAUAUUGAUUUACCAUGAAGAGACAGUCAAGGAAUGUGUUACUUGAUAGACUGCACCGUGGAGUCGUGUACACGUGCAUGGGGCUAACGUUGUACGGCACCUAUAUGCUGGGGGCUCGUGUUUACCGGUAUUUCACCGUGAUAAAACCAGCUCGACAAGCGGAAGAGCUAAAAAUGUUGGAAACUGGUGCAGCAAAACAGGCACCCUCCUUGGAUACUGCCCCGACACUUACCUCGUAAUGGCGUGCUGUCCUCGCAAAUCUAGUUUGUUAGCGUUCGAUUUACAAAUAUAUUAUAUAAUUAUCCAUCAUGCUUAACUAAACAACUUGUGCUAAUAAACCGACGACACACAUCCAAAAGUUAAAAAUUCAUUUGAAGCUUGAAUAAAUGUAUUACAAGUGCAUCCAAGUAUCGACAAG